GUUUUUUACAAUUGAAUAGUUUAGUGGUAAUCCCAAUUGGGCAUCGCUUCGACUUUUGAGUUUCGACAGCCACAAACAUUUGCUGAUUUGCAAUAAGCAGUGGAUGUGCGCUGUCCAUCGCAUCCUCUUCGAACACGCGCGCUGUCAGUGAAUCCAACCAAAAUUGGAUUAGUCGAGAGAGAGUGCUUGGUGACGAGGACAGAAUAAUCAUGCUUAUUUUGUUGUUUAGAGACGAGUGACAUAGGAGCAUAGAGAUACACAGAUGAGCUAAACAGAGGUAGAGGAAAAUGGGAGAGAUCUCCGGUUACGGGGAGUAUUUAGCAGGUUUGGUCGCCGGCGUUGCUACCGUCGCUAUUGGUCAUCCCUUUGACACCGUCAAGGUGAAGCUGCAAAAACAUAAUACUGAAGCUCAUGGGAUCAAGUAUAGGAACGGAUUGCAUUGCACGGCUAGGAUACUAAAGACAGAAGGGAUUAGAGGACUUUAUACAGGGGCAACAUCAUCUUUUAUUGGGGUGGCUUUUCAGAGUUCGAUUUUUUUUGGCAUUUAUUCACAGACAAAACAGUCACUACAGGUUUUUAUAAAAGGAGGGUUGCAAAGUGAUAAGCCACUGCCCAAAGUCAUAAUUCCGACAGCAGCUUUUGGUGGAGCUAUAGUUAGUUUUGUUUUAUGUCCAUCUGAGCUUGUUAAGUGUAGGAUGCAAGUUCAAAGAACUGACUCGUUGGUUCCAAUAUCCAGAAGAUACAGUAGUCCUCUGGAUUGUGCUCUUCAGACAUUGAAAAGUGAAGGGGCUACUGGCAUUUUUCGUGGAGGUCUUACAACAUUUUUAAGAGAAUCCUUAGGAAAUGCAGUCUUCUUUAGUGUUUAUGAGUAUGUUCGUUAUUACAUGCAUUCACAACUGAAAGCUGCUUCUUUUGAGCAUAGCAAUUUGUUUGACAUGGGGGUUGGCAUUGUUAGUGGUGGCCUUGGUGGUGUAGCUGUAAGCAUUCGUAGUACCCCGGUUAUAAGUGAAGAGAACUAUUACGACAAAUACUGCUGGUGUCCUUUUUGUUCAUUUCAUUUUUUGCCCUCUUAUUUUCCAGUUCUGGUCCGCUGUUCUGCCUUUGGAUGUGGCAAAAACCAUCAUACAGACUUCACCAGAUAGAAGCUCUACUAGAAAUCCAUUUCGAGCCUUUCCUGCUAAUGCUGCUGCAAUUGUCCCCUGGGAGCUUUCCAUGAAAAUGUUGGGCAUCAAGCACGAUUAAAGACAAUUUUGCCUUAUAAUUUUUUGUGCUGCCAUUUCCAGCACUGAUGGCUGUUUGGCCAUGAAUGUUUCAUGAAACUCUGGGCAGACACCAUGCAGUUUACUGUAUUCAAAUUUUGAAGAGAAGAGUUGCCUGACACUUGAGCUAGACAGACAAAAAGGUCAUAAGUUAUGAGUUAGUGCAUCUUUUAUGGUUGGCACAGUUAAAUCUGAACUUAUGAAGGAACACCAAAUUGGUUAUGUGAUCUGGUUGCCUCAUUAAGUAUAUGAGACUGUCUCUGUUUUUGCGAGACCA